UCAUCAACUACUACAUGUGUGCCUGGUAGCUUAGUUGGUUAAAACGUCGCGUGUACUUCUAAUCUCAAUUCCGAGUGCGCUAGUCAGCGAGUUCGAUUCUCGUUAGGCACAUAUUCUUUUUUUCUUAUUCACCUCCUUCAGCACAUAUGCUGAAGCGUUGAAGAUGAAAAAAUAACACUCUUACUCAACUCAAUCUGCGACGGAACAAAAUAUCCGACAGAGGCGGUGAAGCUCUAGCAGAAGCGUUGGCGCCCAACAACAUUCUCACUCAACUUGACCUGUCUUGGAACCACAUAUCUAAUAGAGGAAGUGAAGCACUAACUGAAGCGUUGGCAUUCAACAAUAUUCUCACCACCUUGAUCUUUCUUGGAAUCGAAUAAAUGCUCAAGGAGGGGAAGCACUGAUAGUGGCCUUAAAAGGAGAUGGACGAGUCAUUAUGUAAAGUGAUUUGGAAAUAGAAUGAUUUGAUUUUACUGUUUGAUGUUUAACCCGUCUUUGUUUGUUUUUAGUGUGUGAUUGUAGCCUGCAUUUUUUCUCUUGUUAUUAGUUAACAUUCAGCAUGAGUCGAAGCAUUUAAGACAUAAUGCAUUAUAUGAGCUUGAUCGAGCAUCUUGUAUUGCCGGCAAGGCUGAAGAUAAGACAACAAGAGGAGCUUUUACAUUCUUUUAGCUCCCUGCAUAAAGCAAUUCAAUUAUAACAAAGAUAACCGAUGACGCUUCGAACAGGAGUCAUUUAACUGUGGCUGGUGAUCGCCGGGUACAAGAAAAGUGUUAGAAAAACCAGUUUUUCUAUUCAGACUUUCAUGCAGAUCAUGUUUGUGCUGUUUAUUUGGGCUCGUUUACAACCGCAAUAUUCGAGUGAGGGUUUUAUUCAUUUUUAGUGCUGCGGCCAGUGCUUCAACCCCUCCAUCAGACACAUGGUUCCACGAAAGAUCAAGCUGAGUAAGAGUUUUGUUAAUGCUCGGCGCUUCAGCCAGUGCUUCGACUACUAGUCGAUCGAACCGAUCGUUUAGCCCAAGGAAUGCUUGUAGAAUAGCAGAAUCGUCAAGAUAUUUGAAGAUUUCAAGAAUCAAUUCGUUUGGAAGCGACCGGAACUGUGUCACGUCUAAAUAAAGCUUUAUUGUCCUUCCUCGCUACGGAGAGAUGCUGUGAAGCAUAAGGAAAGUGAAUCAGUGCUCUUGCUAAGGACAUCCUCUUUUUCAGAUAUGACUGUUAAGAGUAUUAGGCACUAUUCUAUACUCUCAACGUAAUGAGCAUGAAUAGUCAGGUAUCGACAUUUUACUAUGCUCAUGACCAUAGAUGCUAUCGCGUUCUCUCUACUGUUCUCGGCAUAUUGCAAUUAUCUGCUGAGAAAUCUUUUAAGUUUGCAUGAGUUAUAAUGCAGCGGGGGAAGAAAACAUGCUCAACUUACAAUGCAGUGCUUGCUUCAAACAGUCAUAGCUAACACAAAUGCUGAACGGUCGGUUUGAUAAGUCAUGCCGCAUUUCUUUGUAAGAUAUUAAGUCGACAUUCGUAUUAUUGACUGAUGAUGUAUUUGGUAUUAUGGAUGUCGAUUGUCCCGAUUUAACUGAUUUAAAAAAGAAAAUAUCAUUUACAUUAGCUGAUGGUUCAUUUCUUUUAAAAGCUGGUAUUAGAAAUAUUAAAUAUUUAAAAGAACUAUUUUUGAAAAAAAUGAAGAAAUAAUGAAAGAGACAAAAUUAAAAUCAAAAAAACAAACAACCAUAACAACAGCUGCUAGUAGUAAUUCCACUCCACCACCAUCAUCAUCGAUUAUAACCAUAGCACCAGUUUCAACUAAUUCAGUUCCUCCAUUACCACCACCAACAAUGACAAUACAUGAACAUAAAGAUUUUAAAUUAAAAUUAAUUAAACAGUGGUGUUUAGAUAAUAAAGAAAACGCUGGUUUAGAUGAUUUUCAAUUAAGAGGUGGAGAAGAUUUUACAUUAAAAUUACAUGAUAACCAUAAUAUUUUAGAAGCAGCAAUUACAUGUAAAUGUGGCUCAAAUUUCUCAUUAACGAAAAAGGAUAAUAAAUUUCAAUUGUCAAAUUUUUACGAACAUAUAAAAAAAUUGAAUUGUUCAUUAAUGAAAGAAUUUGUAAAGAAAAAUAACAAACAAAAAAGAACUAAUGUUCAAAUAUCAUCAUCAUCGAUAUCACCAGUACAAUCACAACCAUUAGUUCAAAUAAUAACGAAUCCUAUAGCUGCACCAUCUCCAUCCACAAGUAGUACAUCAACAAUAGCACCAACGAAAAACAAUUCUAAAUGCUCUGCACCAGCAUCAACUGCACCAUCUCCAUCCACAAGUAGUACAUCAACAAUAGCACCAACGAAAAACAAUUCUAAAUGCUCUGCACCAGCAUCAAGUAUACUAGCGCGAUCAUCAAAGCGAAGAAAACUAUAA